GCAGCCCCUGACCCCCCUCGCCCACCUCAGGGUGCAGCUGGCCGUGAACCGCCGGACGGAGGAGGCCGUGGCCGUCAAGAUCGUGGACCUGAAGCGGGCGGCCGAGGGCCCCGAGAACAUCAAGAAGGAGAUCUUUCAAGUUGAAAAAUUAAACCCAAAGUUAAAAUGUAAAAAGCCGGACAUCGGGAUGCCGGAGCCGGAGGCGCAGCGCUUCUUCCAGCAGCUGAUCGCGGGCGUGGUCUAUCUGCACGGCAUCGGCAUCACCCACCGCGACCUGAAGCCGGAGAACCUGCUGCUGGAUGAGCGAGACAACUUGAAAAUCUCCGAUUUCGGUUUGGCCACCGUCUUCAAGCACAAC